UCGCCGCGAAUGGUCGCGGCUUGUCGCGGCCGGUCCGUGCUUCGCGCGGUACAGACUAAAUAAAGUAAAACGUUAUAAUAGUGAUUUUGUGCAAAUAAUAUUUCAGUAUUUGGAAAUUUCUAGUCUGUGGUACCUGGUUUAUAUUAAAUAUAAUUGUGAGGAAUUUUCAUGGGAAAUCUUUUAACCCCUUAUCAAAGUUCAAAGCCGAAACGUGAUUGUAGGACCGCUUGAGGCGCCGGAAAAAUAUUUUUGUCUUCUUUGCUCUUCUUCCAUAUUUUCCAAACAAUAAAAAAGCGAAUCCGAUUACAAUAUUAAAGUGGAAUUGCCGGCCUAAAAACGUCAACCCUGUUGUUACGAAGAAAACAAAUCGACCAAGACUCGCUUCAAAGCCCCGGAAUAUUUUAAAAAAAGAACACGAAAAUGCUGGCUUGUCCGUUGACAAAUUUAAAAUUAAAAAGCAAACUUUGCCGGUCGGUAUUGUGAUUGUGACAUAACGUUAUGUGAAUAGUGAAGUUUUAUUGCUGUGUUUUCGUGUAAAUUAUGCCAUAAUGUAAUGGGAAUAGGGUUAAAAAUGUGGCCAGUAAAGUGGAUUCGGCUUAUUGUGAUGCUGGCGGCGUGCUGGGCGCAAGAAGGCGAGUGGAGCGAGGAUGCCGAAGAUUUGGUGUCAACAGUGGACGUGGACGCAGUGCUGGGCCGCACGGCGUCGCUGCCCUGUGACGUCACGCCGGACACCAACGAAGACCGCGUCUACAUGGUGCUCUGGUUCCGGGCAGGCAAGGCCACCGGAGGGAAACCUAUAUACAGUUUCGACGUCCGCGGUCGGUCGUUCAAUAAGGCGUUGCAGUGGUCGGAUCCAAAUGCGUUCGGGCCCCGUGCAUAUUUCGCCACGGUCGCCCGGCCAGCCUCCCUGACACUCGACACCGUCCAGUUGGAUGAUGAGGGCGUCUAUCGGUGUCGCGUUGACUUCAAGAACUCUCCAACGAGAAAUUUCCAGAUACGGCUCUCUGUCAUUGUGCCACCGCAUCAGCUGAUACUGUACGACAAGUCGGGUCGUGACGUAUCGGGCAUAGUCGGCCCGCUCGAGGAGGGCAACGAGCUGGUGCUAGUAUGCGAAGUUAGGGGCGGAAGGCCAGCGCCUACGGUGAUGUGGCUGAUCGACGGCACGCCCGCCCCGCAGUACAUCGGUGAGAAGACUGACACGCACGUGGUGGUGAAUCGGUUAGAACUGCCUCACGUCAGGAGGAACCACCUGAACACCACCUUCAAGUGCAGAGCUUCCAAUACUAACCUCGUCAGCCCACAAGAGAAGACCGUCCGCUUGGAGAUGAAUCUAAAGCCUACAAUGGUUGAGAUCCUGAACAAGCCGACAUCAUUAUCGUCGGAACGGUACACGACCCUCACCUGCGUGUCAGAGGGCAGUAGACCACCAGCUCGCCUUACAUGGUUCAAGGACAAUAGGAAAUUCAAAAGAGGAAAGAUAGCAGAAAGUCAAAACGAGACAUGGGUGAGCAGCAGUUUGUCCUUCAUGCCGUUACCAGAAGAUGACGGUGUCCAGCUCAAGUGCCAAGCAGACAACAAUGCGCUCCCAGACCAGAGCAUUGAAGACUCCUUCAAGUUGGACGUCGUUUACCCACCCGUGGUAUCGUUGUCCCUGGGCAGCACCCUCAAUCCCCACGACAUAAAGGAGGGUGACGACGUGUACUUCGAGUGCUCAGUGCGGGCCAAUCCUAAGGAGCAUCGUAUCACGUGGUACCAUAACGACAAACCAGUAUUACACAACGUGGUAUCCGGAGUGAUAGUCAGCACGAAGUCGCUGGUCCUGCAGAAGGUAGCUCGGGACAACGGCGGAGACUACUCUUGCAGAGCGGCCAACGACUUUGGAGAGACAGCGAGCCAAGUCACUCAUCUUAGUAUACAAUAUGCCCCAGUAUGCGCCCACGUGUCCCCUCAAGUACUAGGCGCGCAGAUUGACGAAGCGCUACGCGUGCGCUGCUCAGUCACCGCCAACCCGCCAGACGUGACCUUCUUCUGGCAAUUCAAUAACAGCGGGGAAAGCCUCGAUGUAUCACCUACCAAAUUUGGUACAGCCAACGGCAGCACAAGCGAGCUGAGUUACAAGCCGCAGAGUGAGAGGGACUACGGGACUUUGAGCUGUAGAGGGACCAAUAACGUGGGCAGGCAGCUUGAACCAUGCGUCUUCCAGGUCGUGCCAGCCGCUCGGCCAUCAGCGCCUAGGAACUGUUCGUUGACUGCCAGCAACAACAGCGUGGACAGUAGCUGGCUGCUCGUGCGCUGUGUGGCCGGCUACGACGGCGGGCUGCCUCAGAGGUUCAUAUUGGAGGCGCUCGACCCCGGCACCGGCAGGACGAGGUUCACCAGCGCUGUCAAUGACACCGAUGGGCUAGCUGAGUUCAAGCUGGACCUGGCUCAUGUCUCAGCAGCCGGCGACGAGGGUGCCACUUUCAACUUGCUGAUCUACGCCAAAAACCUAAAGGGGGAAUCGGAAAAAACCUUACUGGAAAAUAUUGCCUUCAACGACGCAGCUAGGAGGACAGAUAAAGGCACCAUGGGCGGAGUUACCCUAGGCGUGGUAGUGGCAGCAGCAUUAGGCGUGACUCUUGCAAUUGGUGGCAUAGCGUUUGCUGCCCUCUGCGCCCGCCGGCGUCGUUCCCAGCCCCCCCACAAACACCCCCCGGGAGACAUGCUGGAACUAAGCGAUGGCGGCAGGAGAUAUGUAGUGGCGUACACCAUCAAGCCUUCGCCGGAUCUUAAGACGCCUGAUCCCCAGCCGGAUAUUUUGAAUGCUCCAGAUUCUGAAACGCAACCAACUCAACCAACGGAAGAAAUAGAUGAAUGGCCUAGCAUAAAAGAAGUGAGAGGAGAUUGGUGCAAAACCGGUGCUGUGUUCUCAGCGGAGGACUUGGCACUAUUGGACACGGCCGGGCGCCCGCAACAGCUCACACCAGCAGGCGACAUGCCCAGCAGUAGACAAGAGGACGUUGUAAACCAGAACCUUCCUCAACCACUAACAAAUAACUUUAGGCCUAAUUUCGUAGUUAAUAGCCCCACACUAGGGAGCCCAAAUUUUGUAUGUCCGAAUGGGAACGUAGGGUCUCCAUUUGGGAGUCAAACUUUGACUCUUACUGGGCCGACUUUGAGCUCAAGUAGUCUUGCAACGUCGACCCUACAUAGGACCAAAGGUAAAGGGAAUGCAAGGAGAAGAGAACAUGUUUUAGCUGAAAAUUUGCCAGGCCCCGAAAGUUGCGUGUAAGUGCUGAGGAACAAUUAGGAUUUUGUUCAACGAAAUACAGGUUCGCUAUUAGAUUUAUAAUUAUUAAAUUAUUUUGUUUGAAAAUCGAAACAUCAUAGGAUUGAUGCAUCAACGUCUUUUUCUUUUUUUUUAAUUUGCAUAUAGACUUUAAAUUCUUGUUUGGUGGUGAAUCAUUUCUAUUCUAUUUCAUGGUCUAUAAGAAAUAGACCAGUAAACCACUGUGCGUUUGUUGUUUAUUCAAAAUUUAAUUGUUUUUUUUUUGUAAAUUGCUCAAACCAGUAUGCAAUCUAGACAUUAUUUUAUGUAGCAUUAAAGUUUGUGUUAUCUAUGCCAGACUGAAGUAUUCCUAUAUAAAUCAGACUUUUGUAUAUUAACUUUGAAAGCUCAUUACCUUUAUAAAUGGCGCUCCAACUUAGAAAAUAUAGUAAAUAAAUAUUAGCAUUUAGGAGAUAAAAGAAGCUUGUAGAAAUUUCUAUUUAUUUUAAUAAACUCGGUUGUGGUGAUUGUAAAUAAACGUAGGUAAAGAAAUGAAACCAAAGAUGUAUAAGUAUGUACAUGUACUUAAUAAUUGUAAGCAAAGCUUUUGUUGUAAUUUUUUUACGUGUAACAUGUAAUGUAAAUAAAAUUGUUAUUGUAGGAAAACAAUUCUGUCCGUUGUACAGUCUGCCACAGAGAAAUCUGAACCGCCCGCGAUUUAAACACCAUCUCUUAGGGGUUCAGAUUUCUCUGUAGACUGUACGUGUUUAAAAACCGAUUUCAAGUAUGGUGAAAAUGGAUUUAUUUUACCAGAUGAUCUACUAAAGAUAUUUUUAAUUCAGUAAAAUAACGAAUUAACUGCAAAUUCGUCGGUAUUCCGCUAUUAACAGAACUGUAAACUGUACCUAAAAAAUCAUAUGUAAGACUAUCUGAAAUGAAAACAAAAAGAAUGUAAAUAUAGACACAGUAUCACGCCUUUAUAUAUGUUGUUACGUUGUUUAAAUAUAUAACAGAAUUGUUUCCCUACUGGUAGUGCCAUUUGUAUUUGAUACCUAUUUGUAAUUGUUUCAAUUUUGUGUUGAUUCUAUUAUAUAGAGUUUAACAAUGGAUAUAGUACAUAGGUAAAUGUAUAAUAAUAUGUCGAUCGAACUGUUGUAGCUGUCAAUAAUUUCCGUGGUCCUAAUGAUCUGAUAUGACAAUUUUAUAUUUAAAAAUAA